CACUCGCCUGGGAGCGGACGCUCCGGAGCUCCGGCCUCAGAGCGGAGCAGCUGCUGCAGCGGGUCCGAGCAUGAGGCGUCUUCUGUUCCUCACCGUCAUGGCGUUGGCGCUCACCGCUCAGGUGUCUCUCUUUGAGAUGUACGGCAGCCUGCAGUCUCCAAACUUCCCCGAGCCGUAUCCCCGGGAGACGCAGCUGCGCUGGAACGUUAGCGUCCCCGACGGCUUCCAGGUCCAACUCUACUUCAGCCACUUUGACCUGGAGCCGUCCUACCUGUGUGAGUACGACUUUGUCAAGGUGGAGGCAGAGGGGGAGGUGCUGGGGUUGUUCUGUGGGCGGAGCCAGACGGACACGGAGGCGGUGCCAGAUCAGCAGUUCAUGACCUCCCCAACGAACUCGCUCAGCGUCGUCUUCACCUCCGACUUCUCCAAUGAGGAGCGGCACUCCGGCUUCAUGGCUCAUUACAAAGCAGUGGAUGUGGACGAGUGCAGCGAGCGCAGUGACGAGGAUCUGAUCUGUGACCAUUUUUGUCACAACUACAUCGGGGGAUACUACUGCUCCUGUCGCUAUGGUUACCUGCUGCACACCGACAACCGCACCUGCCGAGUGGAGUGUAGUGAUGGUGUGUUCAGGGAACGCUCGGGCGUUUUGAGCAGCGUGGAUUUCCCAGCUCCGUAUCCAAAGAGCUCAGAGUGUUUGUAUCGUAUUGAGGCGGAGCCUGGAUUCAAGCUCCGCCUUGAGUUUGACCCCAGCUUUGACGUCGAGGAUCAUCCAGACGUCCGCUGCCCGUACGACUACGUCAAGAUCACAGCAGGACGCACACAGUUCGGUCCGUUCUGUGGAUCUUCGUCUCCGGGUAUUCUUCAGACCGACAGCAACAUCGUCUUCGUCACUUUCCACAGCGACAACUCUGGAGAGAACCUGGGCUGGAAGAUGUCUUACACUGCCACGGGAAGUCAGUGUCCAGUCCCCGAGAGGCCGUCCAACGCUGUGAUGAAUCCUGUCCAAUCAGAAUACUUCUUCAAAGACCACGUCCUGUUCACCUGUUCCCCUGGAUACAAACUGAUGAAGGACGCUGAGGUUCUGGAUCAUCUGCAGCUGGACUGUGGAUCUGACGGAACCUGGAGCAGUCGUCCUCCUCAGUGUGAAUUGGUGGAUUGUGGGAAACCCACAGCGGUGGAAAGGGCUGACCUGGUGUUUGGUAACCAUGACAACAGCACACUGUUUGGUUCCACUGUGCACUACGUCUGUAGGGGGGACACAUUUCACCUGAACACCAUCAACACGUCUUUCAGCUGUGGACACAACGGACGAUGGACGAAUCCAGAGUCCGGAGCCGAGCUGCCGAGCUGUCUCCAUGCGUGCGGCCGUCCGUCCCGUGCUCUGCCUCCUCAGGUGAAGCGGAUCGUGGGGGGGCGUGGCGCGGCGCCCGGCCUCUUCCCCUGGCACGUCCUCCUCAGCGUGGAGGACACGUCCCGGGUCCCUGAGGGACGCUGGUUCGGCUCCGGGGCGCUCCUGUCCGACUCCUGGGUCCUGACCGCAGCUCACGUCCUCAGGUCUCAGCGGCGGGACGCCAGCGUCGUCCCCGUGGCGCCCGAACACGUCAAGGUCUUCCUUGGUGUCCACGACGCCCGGGACAAGCGUCUGUCCUCUCACCGCUCGGUGGAGCGGGUCGUCCUCCAUCCAGACUUCACCCCCGACAACUACAACCACGACAUCGCUCUGCUGAAGCUGGCCAGCCGGGUGGAGCUUAACGACGUCAUCCGGCCCAUCUGUCUCCCACCUCCUCAUAACGAGCAUGACCCCUCCUCACCUCUUCCGAACUCUCUGGGGAUCGUCGCCGGGUGGGGGAUCUCCGUCCCCAACGCCACCUCCUCCUCCUCAGGUGCCCCCCCCUUGCUGACCUCUGACCUCCUGCAGUACGUGAAGCUGCCGGUGGUUCCUCAGGACGAGUGUCGGGCGAGUUACGCUUCGCGCUCCGUCAGCUACAACAUCACGGAAAACAUGUUCUGUGCCGGGUACUUUGAAGGUGGGAGGGACACCUGCAUGGGGGACAGCGGGGGGGCCUUCGUGAUGGAGGACAAGGUCAGCCGGAGGUGGAUGGCCUUGGGGUUGGUGUCCUGGGGGGGGCCGGAGGAGUGUGGGAGUCAGAGAGUGUACGGAGUCUACACCCGAGUGACCAAAUACGUGGAGUGGAUCCAGCAGCACCUGCAGGCUGCCCCCUGGUGGUGAGACAGAUAUCACAACUGCAGUUUGACUUAAGGCCGAUAUAUGCUCCUCCGUUUGGGACUGAGACGGACACAUGGGAACGCCCCCCCGAGCACCUCUGAUUUCCUGACCAUCCGUCGGCCUGUGGGGGGGGUAGCCGGGAGGAGGUUAACAAACACUCAACGACUUCUUCUACAUACAAAGACGUCAUGAGGGCUUCUCUAAGCUCGCCUCCGGUGCGCCACCUACUGUUCUGGCGGUGAAUUGUUUUCAGCACCAACAACCUUCGGAGAACCUUAAAUGAAAAAGAGUCGGUGGGAUCCGUGCCCCCCCCCCUCGGAGUAGCAUAUGUCGUCCUUUAAUGAGGACACAGUGGGACUGACAGCAUGUCCUCUGAUCAUCUGUCCACCUGCUGCAGAAAACCUCUCCACGUCUUUUUCAUAUUCUCGUCUUUGACCUUUAUGAAAAGCUAGCUGUUACUAUGUAGUAAUACAUAUUUAUUUCACUCCAUAUAUAAUUUCUAUUGACAAGUUUAAUGUUCCUUCACUUAGUUUGGAUUUUAAUUUGUUUCCCCUCUUUCGAUCUUUUCGAUCCACAUUUACGAUUUAGUUUUUCAUUUUCUUUAGAGGAUGAACGUUUCAGUUAGAGUUCUUUCCUCUGGCGCCCCCUGUGGGACUCGGAGAGCAGAGAGGAGUUACAGUUCUUUCCUCUGGCGCCCCCUGUGGGACUGGGAAAGCAGAGAGGAUUUACAGUUCUUUCCUUUGGCGCCCCCUGUGGGACUGGGAGAGCAGAGAGGAUUUACAGUUCUUUCCUCUGGCGCCCCCUGUGGGACUCGGAGGGCAGAGAGGAGUUACAGUUCUUUCCUCUGGCGCCCCCUGUGGGACUCGGAGAGCAGAGAGGAUUUUAUCAUUAAGUUGUUUGCUGUGACUGUUGCUGCAACAAACUGCGCUGCCUGCAGGGGGCGACAUUGCUCUUCAUGUGAUUUAAAUUGGAAAUAAGAGGAUGAGACUUUUCAAUUAAACUGUUUUUAAUUUCAGAUGUUUGAUGUUUUUAUGAAUCAACAAAUGUAUUCAAAUAUAAUGUUUCAUGUUUAGAAAGUCACAAUGUUUUAUAUCAUAUUAUAUUUACACAGAAAAACUCUUAAUAAAUGAAGUUAAUGAGAAACUGA